AUGGAUAUUCGGUCUGCAGUUUCAGCAAACGUGUCUGGAAUUUUGUGUGUUGGUCUAGUGUGUUUGGACAUUGUCAAUGUGUGUGAUCAAUAUCCGAGGGAAGAUGAGGACGUACGAGCUGCAGAGCAACGUUGGGAGAAAGGAGGCAAUGCAGCCAACUCACUUGCUGUGUUGGCACAACUGGGAGUGUCAUGUGAUUUUCAUGGAACUGUAGGAAGUGGCCCAGAGACGGAGUUUGUGUUGUCUGAUAUGAAGAGUUAUGGUGUUGGUAUUGAGCUUUGUGUGUGUCACGAGGGAAAGAAAUUGCCAACUACAACGGCUGUUGUUAGCAGAGAAAACGGGUCACGAACGAUUGUGCAUUACAGGGAUCUACCAGAGCUAACAGUCGACGACUUCAAGACAAAGAUAUCACUACAUCAUUACAAGUGGAUACACUUUGAGGGACGGAAUGUGAUUGAAGUACAGAAAAUGAUUGACGCAAUUGAUGAUCACAACAAGUUGAGAAGUGACGCAAAUGAGAAAAUCAAAGUGUCAUUGGAGUUGGAGAAAAGCAGACCGGAACUUCUCUCUCUCUUUCACAGAGCCGAUGUGGUUUUUGUCAGCAAAGAUUUCGCUCGCUACCAAAACUGUCAGACAGCACAUGAUGCUGUACAACAACUGGGACCCAAGUUGAGAUGCAAGGCUAAACUGGUUAUUGCAUGGGGUGAGAUGGGGGCGUACGCAGUAGAGAAGAACACGACAUCGGAAUUGGGAAAGUUCCUUCACAGUCCGGCGUAUCCUCCACUCGUCAUCGUCGACACUUUAGCAGCAGGAGACACAUUCAAUGCUGCAGUCAUCUACUCACUCUUCAACGGCAACAGCCUUCAUGAUGCUCUCACAUUUGGAUGCCAACUGGCAGGCAUCAAAUGCGGCCAACAAGGACAGAGAGGAAUAGUCAACAAGAUGAAACAGUCAGGCAGAGAGAACCAAACAAAUGCAAAGUAACAUGUAAAUGUGAUGUAUAUGAGUUUCUAUGUUACCAACGUAUUUCAAAUUUGAAGCUUUAGUGCAGCCAUUGGCUGCUAGUAUUGGACGUUACACGGCCUAUGUGUGUAACAUAGUGAUAUCAAUUAGUUGACUGUACUGUACAAAUGUAUUGA